AUGGCUUCGAGUUCUCCAACAAAAUCUGCUGCAUCCAGCCCUUACAAAGACGGUCAUGGGUACAUCCACUCUGUUUCUGAAAUACAGAUACCUGCCAAUCCAAAAUCUGCUAGAUACUUCGACUUCACCAUUCAAGAAAACCAAGAAGACACGCGAGUGAUCUCAUCGAACACCGACCAAAGUGAAAUCACACAAAUUCUACAAAGUGCACCGAAUGGUCAAUCUGUAGGACUGAAAGCUAAAGUUUUAUUCAAAGGAGAUAAGGAAACUGUGUAUUCAAAACACGCGAAAAAAAACCUCACCAAAUGUAACAUUGUUGUCGCUGACACUACUGGAGCGAUAACUGUAACUCUAUUGGAAAGUCAAAUCGCCGAAGCUGAACAGCACAGCUGUUAUAACUUCAAAGAACUUAAGUUGAAUUGGUACAAAAAAAAAUAUCUCGGCUCUUCCACAAAAACAACGAUUGAAAAGUGCGAAAAACAUCUACAUUCAGCCCAGUCUUUUCUUAGAAGAGCCUAA